GCCUUUUCCGCCCCAGCCGAACAUGUCCGCGGAGAGGAUCCAGUUACUCUACGCCCCCGUCUCUCUCUCUCUAAGCCCCGGUCAGUGCGGCCGCCGCUAGCCGCAGGACGACACGGGAAACUACAAGGGGGGAAGAGGACAGGAAAAAAAGAAAACACACACACACACAGCUCCACACUCAUGCCUUGGGAAAGGAGAAGACUUCAUGAUCACCUGGUGAUUUCAAAAUGAUUGAAACAGUCGAUACGCAGCGUGCCUUGCAGGCGGUGGAGCGUCUCCAGGCCAAACUGAAGGAGCGGGGGGAGGUGCCCACCGAGGAGAAGCUCAGCCUGCUCAGAUCGGUGCUUCAAAGUCCGCUCUUCCACCAGAUCCUGGCCUUGCAAAAGUCCGUCCAGCAUCUCAGAGACCAGGGAAGUUUAACACCAUCAAGAAGUGGAAGUGACCUAAACGAUCACAUCAUCAAAGCCAACGGCAGCCAUGCUUCCUACUCAGACGUCCCAGCUACUUCACAUAUCAAUGGCAAAACGUCACUGGAAGAAUAUGAGCGUAUCAUCCACGCUAUGGCUCAGGGUCGCUACGUGACACACGUGGAGCUGCAGAAACCAGAGUCUGGGGGCCUCGGCUUCAGCGUGGUGGGACUAAAGAGCGAGAACCGCGGAGAGCUGGGAAUCUUUAUUCAAGAAAUUCAACCAGGAAGUGUUGCCCACUGUGACGGGAAGCUAAAGGAAGCGGACCAGAUCCUCGCUAUAAACGGUACGCCUCUGGAUCACACUGUCACCCACCAACAAGCCAUCAGCAUCCUGCAGAGUGCUUCAGAGGAGGUGCAGCUCACCGUGGCCAGAGGGCCGAUACCUCAGCUGACCAGUCCGGCGGUGUCCCGCACGCCCUCCGCUGCUAGCACCUUGUCAGCCCACUCCAGCAAGUGGCAGCAUGUGGAGACAAUUGAGUUAGUAAAUGAUGGCACUGGUCUUGGCUUUGGUAUUGUUGGAGGCAAAACUACUGGGGUUAUCGUCAAAACCAUACUUCCUGGAGGGAUUGCAGAUCAGGAUGGACGCUUACGAAGUGGGGAUCACAUCUUGCGAAUCGGAGAUACCGACCUGUUCGGGAUGGGCAGCGAGCAGGUGGCCCAGGUCCUCAGGCAAUGUGGCAACAGGGUGAAGCUGGUUGUUACCAGGGGUCCGGUGGAGGAGACCCCGUCUGCCGUCAUGUCAGUGGUGCUGCCCACUGUCGCCGAGCAACAGGGCAGAGAGGAAGAGGAGGUUGAAGCAUUUGAUGUGAGCCUAACGAAGAACGCACAGGGACUGGGUAUCACUAUUGCUGGCUAUGUUGGAGAUAAGACUUCAGAGCCCUCUGGCAUCUUUGUUAAGAGCAUAACAAAAGACAGCGCCGUGGAUCAGGAUGGCCGCGUUCAUGUUGGAGACCAGAUAAUCGCUGUGGACGGCGUAAACAUCCAGGGAUACACCAAUCAACAGGCGGUGGAGUUGCUCAGACACACUGGCCAGACGGUCCACCUUAAGCUGAUCCGGCGGGACUUCAGGGCCGAAGAGGAGGAGCCCCCCACCGUGACCCCUAUCGUCUCCGUCUUGUCCCCUUCUGCCACCAUCCCCACCACCGCCACCGUCAUGAAGGAGCUGGAGUUGGAGAGGAUGGCCGAGCUGCCCGCUCAAGCCGCCGCAGCUCAGAAGCAGUUCCAGACAACAAGUGAGGGAUCUGAUGUCAGCGCCGCCGUGGAUCAUCUGACAAAAGACAAACACGAGCCAAAGUUAACACCUAUUGAAGAAGAAGAACUAAUGAAGAAAUGGCAAGAGAUUCUUGGUCCAAAUAAUGAAGUUGUGGUGGCUCAGGUGGAGAAGUUCAGCGAGAGCAGCGGCCUGGGGAUCAGCCUGGAAGCCAGCGGUGGUCACCACUACAUCCGCUCGGUCCUUCCUGAGGGGCCAGUCGGUCGCUGUGCUAAGCUGUUCAGUGGGGAUGAACUGCUUGAGGUCAACGGGAUUUCUCUGAUCGGGGAGACCCACAGGGAGGUGGUGAAAAUCUUAAAGGAACUUCCAGUCUGUGUGUACAUGACGUGCUGCAGACCCGCUCCAGAUCUCCAGAUGGACAUGGAGGCGGUCCAACCACAAUCAGAGGCUUUCCCCAAAGACUAUAAACUGAAGAGUAACAUCGACCUCAGCAGUGCACUGGUUUCUGAAGUUUCUGAGACGGACGACAUAGAAGAGCCACAGGAUACAGUGACCGAGGAGGCGAUCGGAUCUCCUUUGGCCAUGUGGGAGAUGGAGAUUCAGAAAAUCGAGCUGGAAAAGGGAGAAGGGGGAUUGGGAUUUAGUAUUUUGGACUACCAGGACCCGUUGGACCCCUCCAAGACAGUGAUUGUGAUCCGCUCGCUCGUUCCGAACGGCGUGGCGGAGUUGGAUGGCAGACUUCUGCCAGGAGACCGACUCAUGUAUGUGAACGACACAAACCUGGAGAACGCCACCCUCGAGGACGCCGUCCAGGCCCUUAAGGGGGCCCAGGUCGGAAAGGUGCAGAUCGGAGUCGCCAAACCACUGCCCGGAAUAUGUGGAUAUUCCCACUCUCCACACCCUUUUGGUGAGCAGGAAAUAACUUCAUCAUCCAUCAUCCAUUCAUUUGACUUCAGCAGUGUUUUGAUUGAAGAAGGAGAGGAAGGAGGACUGACUGAGGGCAUCCUUUACCGAGCAGAACCCGCAUUGAUUGACACCAGUGAAGGAGACCUAUCGGAUGAUAAGGUGUUAGAUCAUACCUACUCUGGGAUGGAUGACGAUACUUUCCAGGCAUCAAUGAUUGCUCUUCAUGGCAGCAGCUGCAGCGCUGACUUGGAUUGCCUGCAGUCAUCAACACCCAAGCUGACAGCUCGCCUGAACGUGUUGGAUGAGCACCCCGGCUUUGGAGACGACACUCCAGCGUACUCCACGGAGAAGUUGGCCUCUUACACUUCGCCGACUUUGACAGGUCACAUCCCGGCGAUUAAUGCCAUUCUAAGCAGCUCGGAUCAAUACUUGGCAAAGCACCCGGGCGAAGAGCAGGAACCAGCCGAGUGCUCCGACUCCUGCAGCCUGUUUGCAGAGUUAGAGGCCAAACCCACCGACCAGGACACACCUGUAGAGCCCCCACUCUGUCUGGUCCAAGCGGACAUCCCUUUUGGAGAUACUGAAGAUAUGAAGGACGAGGAGGAGACUGGUGAGAAAGCAUCAGCAGAAGAUGACAACAAAGCAGCUCUGCCCUCCGGGAGCAAUUUUGAAAGGACCAUCACAGUUGUCAAGGGCAACUGCAGCCUCGGGAUGACUGUGAGCGCCAAUAAAGACGGCCUGGGGAUGGUGGUCCGCAGUAUCAUCCACGGGGGGUCCAUCAGCCGCGACGGUCGUCUGGGAGUGGGCGAUCUGAUCCUGGCUAUAAACGGAGAGCGUACCACCAACAUGACCAACGUCCAAGCCCGCGCAAUGCUCAGGAGGCACUCUCUCAUUGGACCAGACCUCGGAUCUGCUUGUGCACCUGAGGACGAUCUGUGCCCGUUUUAUGUUGUUACAUACGUCCCCGCCGAGUACCUGGAGGAGUACAAGGCCAGCCUUGAGCAAGCUAACGAUGACAUCUUCUCUGAGACGGCCCAAAAAGAUAUUCCCAACCUCCCCGAGCGUGAAGAUGGAGAGGGAGAGGAGAGCGCCUCUUACAGCAACUGGAAUCAGCCGAGAAAAGUGGAGCUUUUCAGAGAGCCCGGUAAGUCCCUGGGGAUCAGCAUCGUCGGAGGCAGAGGGAUGGGCAGUCGCCUGAGCAACGGGGAGGUGAUGAGGGGCAUUUUCAUCAAGCACAUCCUGGAGGACAGUCCUGCAGGACAGAACGGGACCAUCAAGACCGGGGACAGGAUCGUGGAGGUGGAUGGAGUCGAUUUACGCGACGCAAGCCACGAGGAAGCUGUGGAAGCUAUACGAAAAGCAGGCAACCCUGUCUCCUUCCUGGUCCAGAGUAUUAGUCACCGGCCCAGGCCUGAGUCGAUACAUAGCCCCGCUCCGUCUCCUGCUGUUGAGAAACGCAGCGCGGCUUUCGCAUGCAUGCCACGUCGCGCACGCCAGAAGCCGCCCCUGCCCUUUCUGCAGCUAAAUAGCCACCGCGACUCCAGCCUUUGCAGCACUAAUCAAAGCUCCUUAGCGCCUGGCCUCCCUCAGCAGCAGCCAGCGACAGCGGACUCCGUCGAGCAGAGAGCCGUGCCGAGCCACAGCAAGGACAAGGAGGGUGACAGUCACAGUAGACUUUUUCUCCGCCUCUCCCCAACUAACCCUUUCACUCCUACCCCGUUUAAGCCGGCAAAGCGUGAAGCGCCAAAGGCAUCUCCCACCGGCUCCGUCCUCCUGCUGCCAGUGGUGCCCCAUGUGGGAGAGAGCGAUACAGACAAGCUCGCUGAUAUUCCCGCAAGACCUGCCGAAACGGUCGAGGAGAGCAAGGAGGAGGAGGAGGAGGAGGAGAAGGAAGAGGAGGAUGAGUUUGGAUACAGCUGGAAGAACAUAAUCCAGCGCUACGGAAGCCUCCCGGGGGUCCUGCACAUGAUUGAGCUGGAGAAAGGCAAGACGGGCCUGGGUCUCAGCCUGGCAGGGAACAGGGACCGCUCCCGCAUGAGCGUCUUCGUGGUGGGAAUAGACCCCAACGGAGCAGCCGGCAGGGACGGGCGGAUGGUGGUGGGGGACGAGUUGCUGGAAAUCAACAGACAAAUUCUCUAUGGCCAGAGUCAUCAGAACGCGUCGUCCAUCAUCAAGAGCUCUCCAUCCAAAGUCAAAAUCAUCUUCAUCAGGAACACAGAGGCGCUGAACCAGAUGGCUGUGGGACCUGUGAGAGAGCACGAGGGAGACACGGCAGAGCCCCACGCUGAGACCAAACCAUCUGCUGCUGCCGACGACGGCGACGAUACUUCAAAACGUGUUCGCCACGUCAUUAAGGUGGAGGAGGACGGCAUCACGUUUGUAGACGGGAACACGGAGUCUGGCGUUGAGAUCCAGAGCAUAUCUGAAGCAACGGACCACACUGGAAACGAGGGCUGCAUGAAAGCAGGGGACAGACUGCUGGCUGUGAAUGGGGAAUCGGUUCUUGGAUACACCGUUGAAAAGGUGAAUUCUUUACUGAGAAAGACCAAAGGUCCGGUGAAGCUCACCUUUGUGACAAAUGAGCACUCUUCGUCACUGCCUACUCCCCAGUUGGCUUGUCAGGACACCUGUAGCUCAGACGGAGGCCACACCAGUUUAUCCAGCGUGCCUAGCACCACCCAGAGUACUUUAAAUACGCCGGAAGCGGAGCUAAACACUGGUGCGAGUCGCUCCUCCACCCCUUCCACGCUGGGCUGCGACCCGGCGACCUGCCCCAUCAUCCCCGGCUGCGAGACCACCAUCGAAAUCUCCAAAGGCCGCACGGGGCUGGGCCUGAGCAUCGUGGGAGGCUGCGACACCCUGCUGGGAGCCAUCAUCAUCCACGAAGUUUACGAAGAAGGAGCGGCCUCCAAAGACGGCAGACUUUGGGCCGGAGAUCAAAUCCUUGAGGUGAACAGCGUGGACCUGCGGGCGGCCAGCCACGACGAAGCCAUCAAUGUGCUGCGGCAGACCCCCCAGAGGGUUCGGCUGACAGUCUACAGGGACGAGGCCCAGUACAAGGAGGAGGAGCUGUGGGACUCCUUCACCGUGGAGCUGCACAAGAAGCCGGGCCAGGGUCUGGGCCUGAGCAUCGUAGGCAGGAGAUCGCGGGAUCACAGGAAUGACACGGGAGUGUUUGUGUCCGACAUUGUUAAAGGAGGUCUGGUGGACAUGGACAACCGGCUGAUGCAGGGCGACCAGAUUUUGUCUGUCAAUGGCGAGGACGUCAGGUCGGCCACUCAGGAGGCCGUGGCUGCGCUGCUCAAGUGCUGCGUCGGGCCAAUAAAGAUGGAAGUUGGGAGGUUCAAGGCGGGUCCUUUCCACUCCGAGAGACGGCUCUCCCAAAGUAGUCAGAUGAGUGAAACAGGCAGCUCAAAGGUGGCCAAUCAGUCUGGUUCAGAUUCAGGAAACCUUCCAAGUGACUCAGACACACUCAGCAAAAGUCCAGAGUUUGCAGAGCACCAGGACAUCAGAACGGUGGAGUUCACCAAAGGCCCCGGUGACUCUCUGGGAAUCAGUAUAGCAGGCGGAGUGGGCAGUCCUCUGGGUGACAUACCCAUCUUCAUCGCCAUGAUGAAUCCCAACGGCCUGGCUGCUCAGACACAGCUCAAGAUGGGAGACCGAAUCGUCAGCAUAUGCGGUACAUCAGCAGAAGGCAUGAGCCACUCGCAGGCCGUCGCUCUGCUCAAGAACGCCACGGGAACCAUACAGCUGCAGGUGGUGGCAGGUGGCGACACAACCGUGACGGGGCCCGCUCAGAAGCCGGAAGGAGGCUCGCUGACGCCCAGCUGCAUCUUCCAGGACGACAUUGGCCCGCCUCAGUAUAAGACCAUCACUCUGGAAAGGGGACCCGAUGGACUCGGUUUCAGUAUAGUCGGGGGACACGGCAGCCCCCACGGAGAUUUACCCAUUUACGUUAAAACAGUGUUUGGAAAGGGGGCCGCAGCGGAGGACGGCCGUCUGAAGCGGGGAGACCAGAUCAUCGCCGUGAACGGGCAGAGCCUGGAAGGGGUGACGCAUGAAGAAGCCGUCGGCAUCCUGAAGAGGACCAAAGGAACCGUCACGCUCACCGUGCUUUCAUAGAUGACAGAGACUGAAGCCGAGUCAGCAGUAAUCUCAUCACGAAGGUGACUGCGUUCACCUAGAGGAGUCUAGAUAAUCACGAAGAAGCGUCUCGCUCACUGUAGGUCUGAACACUGUGGCACAUCGAAGUUUACUGACAGAGUGAGACGAGAUCACAGCAAUAAGUAUUUUUUAUUAUGUGAACCAUUACCUGACACUGGAUCAAAGUAUGUUAAUGCUGCUCUGAAGGAAAAUCCUAAAAGUGUUGUUUGAAUGUGUUUCAGACGGAUUUGUUGAAGUAUUUUAAGUAGUGCUGCAUAUAGCUCAUAUAUAAGGUCUUACGACACAGUAUUUGUUUUGUACCACUUCUCAUUAAGUGUACAGAAACAAGGUAUUCUAGGAAACAGUGGGUCGUCUGACCUGACGAUUAUAAGGUUCUUGUUUGCCCAAAAUAAAGCGAUCCAGGGUUGUAGUUCUGCAGGUCACUGGUCUGUGUUUUGAGGUGUAGGUUAAAAGAUAAAAUGUCUGUUUUAUCACUUUAAAUGUACUUUUUUUAGUACUGUUUAUGUGAACGUAUCGAGUCUAUUCACACUGAAAUUAAACAAUAAAAGUGACCUUUGGCUUUAAUCA